UGUGAUGUCAACAAGAGGUGAAGGCAAAUGACUCAGUGAAUGGAAACUUAGAUUAUUUCAUCAUCUUAAACUUCAUUAUGAUUGAGUCAUGUUCGAAAAAGCGAAUGGUUAUUGCUAUAGCCUGUCUUAUUGGGUUAUCAAUACUUGUUCUGAUUGUGGAGAAUGAACUCACCCCAAAUGACACUCGACCUCACACCCACACUACAGCUCACCCAAAUGUGACUCAGCAGGAGAUGUGUUGGAUGCGAGAAGACGUGGAAGAACUGGAAGACUGUCAACCUUGCACUGAAUUUGAAAUCAAGAGUGCUACUCCGGCAGUGUGUGCCUCUGCAAGAUACCGUCAGAAAGUGAAAUGUAUGAAAACUGGAGAGGUGUUCCGAAAGUGUGAUCGCGUGGUGUGGCUAGAAGAGCGACACUUCUGGACUUUUGAGGCCGUCAUGGCUACUAUUGGUUUUGUUGCUGGUCUGGCAACAAUGGCCAGACAAAAAAUACUCGAUCAUCGCGUUGUACAAAGAAUACAGCGACAGGUGGCUGCAGGUGUUUGAUUGUUUAUUAUAAUGUAAUAUAGGAGGGACAUUGUAUUUUGUAAAUAAGAUAAUAAGGUACAGUAUUUUUAUUUACUUGAAUUUUUUUUCUUCUGUAUAGUGGUGUAUUAAAUUUUGGACAAUAAAAAUUUUGCUCAUAGUAGUGAGUCGACUUUGUGA